AUGCUCACUCUGGAGGCUGCUUUGGAUCUUCCGAUUGAACUCCCCGUGCGCAUCGAGCCACUUGUUUUAGAGGUGUACGACAAAUGGACGGACGGCAACAACACCAUCUUCUCCUCUCGCAUUGACGGCGCCACCGUCGACGGGAAUACCACGUUGGGGGUUCAGAAUAGGUUCACUCCGCUGAAUGUGCCUCUGUGGACCGACUAUGUCCAUCGGGUGGUGACCGAGCCGAAUGCCCCUUUGCCGGUGCGCGGUUCCACGAAUGCAUACCUGGGGAUCCUGAAGAGUCACGUCAAGGUGGACAAAGACAUUCACCAGCAUACCCUGAACUCUUUUGCUGGGUUCUCCAUUGAUGACCCUAAGCUUCUCCUCAGUCCCCGCGAGGACGGAGUCAACCUGAUUGCCAACGCGACCUUGCCCAACCCGUCCGUUAUGACACUCCAAAUCGUAUGUCUGAUUCCCUUAAUUAUUAGCAUCGCACUAACCAAUCAGGGAACCACAUUACUCGAUCUCAAAUCCGGCGAGUACCUCCUCGGCAACGCAACUAUCGACGACCUCAUGCUCUACCCAGGCAACCAUUCCGUCCCCGUCGAGGGCAUCAUCGACCUCGACUAUUUGAUCAGCAACCUCGGCGAAAUUCUCAAAACUCAAAGCGACGCGCUCAACCGAGGGUUCCUCCGCCUCGAGGCCGUCGGCCGCAACGUGACCUUUAACGGAGUCGAAAUCCCAUACUACGCCGAAGCGAUGCGGAAGCUCACUCUGACAGCCGACGUCUCGCUUGGGUCGUUAAUCACGAAUUCAAUCGAUGGAAUCCUCAAGCCCAACGGGACCAACAUCUUUGCGAACCUGACAGACCCGAACGGGCCGACGAAUAUCCACGAUAUCAUCAACUCGAUCGACGAUCCGGACAACAGUUUGGGGCUCAACAAUAAUAACGACAAUAGCGAUGACGAGUCCCAACAAUCGUGA